AUGGACGAUACAAUGGAGAAAGUGAUAUCCAAGACGAGCAACAGGCGUCUGUCGAUGGCUACUCAUGACUCGACGCCCCAGGCUGGCGAUACUGAGCUGCUAGCGACACUCGGGUACAAGCAGGAAUUACGACGUCAUUAUUCGACGCUUCAGAUAUUUGCUGUCGCUUUUAGUAUUAUGGGGCUUUUGCCUUCCAUUGCGACUACAUUGGCGUUCUCAAUGCCCGCUGGUCCUGUGGGAAUGGUUUGGGGUAUGCAAACUAUCUUUUCGGCCGAUUUGGCAUCCGCAAUGCCCACAGCAGGCGGACUCUACUUCUGGACACACUACUUUGCAUCCGAGAAAUGGAAGAACCCACUCAGUUUCCUCGUUGGAUAUAGCAAUACCCUCGGCUUAAUCGGAGGCAUCUGCUCCAUUGACUAUGGUUUCGCCAAUAUGCUCCUCUCAGUAAUCUCACUCGCCCGUGACGGCAACUGGUCCGCAACACGACCAGUCAUCUACGGCACAUACGUAGCAACAGUCGCCUCCCACGGCUUCAUCGCAAUCUUCUUUGCCCGCAUCAUGCCGAAAAUCCAAUCCGCUUGUAUCUUCCUCAACAUCGCCCUUGUGGUAGCAACCGUCAUCGCCCUACCCAUCGGGAAAUCAAACAACAGCCCCCCAGUCAACCCAGGCUCGUAUGUCUUCGGUGAAAUCCAAAACUCCACUGCCUGGCCGACCGGCUGGGCAUUCAUCAUGGCGUGGUUAUCGCCUAUCUGGACCAUUGGCGCAUUUGAUUCCUGUGUGCAUAUGAGUGAGGAGGCGACGCAUGCUGCGCGCUCUGUGCCAUUGGGGAUUAUCUCUUCUGCUGGACUGUGUGGACUUCUUGGAUUUGUUUCGUUGGCGGUUAUUGCGGCUUCGAUGGAUAGGAAUAUCGAGGGGAUUUUGGGCUCGAAGUUUGGGCAACCUAUGACUCAGAUCUACUACGAUGCCCUCGGGAAAAAUGGUGCCCUCGGUUUCAUGUCUGUGGUCAUGGUUGUGCAAUUCUUCAUGGGACUGAGCAUUGUCCUGGCCGCCUCCCGCCAAAGCUGGGCCUUCUCCCGCGACAACGCCCUACCGCUAUCCUCCUUCUUCCGCAAAGUAAGCCAACGCAAAUACAUGCGCUACCAGCCCGUCCGCAUGGUAUGCGGCGUAGUCGUCGCAUCAGUACUCAUCGGCCUCCUCUGUCUAAUCGACGAAGCCGCCUCUAACGCCCUCUUUUCGCUCGCCGUAGCCGGAAACGACCUUGCCUGGCUAACGCCCAUCCUGGCGCGUCUGAUCUGGGGCGGUGAUCGCUUCAUCCCCGGUGAGUUCUAUACAGGUAAGUAUCUCAGUAAGCCUAUCGGCUGGGUUGCGGUCAUCUAUAUGGUGUUCGUGAUUAUUCUUAGUAUGAUUCCUUCAGGGCCGGAUCCUUCGGCGCAAACUAUGAAUUAUACGAUUGUUAUUAAUGGGAGUCUUUGGGUUGGGGCAUUGAUUUAUUAUUAUCUCCAUGCUAAGAAGACAUUCAAGGGGCCUAUGACUAAUAUUAGUCCGGAGGAUGAGGGUAUGGCUUUGGAGAAGGAUUCUAAGAGAUAG